GUGAGUUGGUCUCCAGCUAUGGGGAGUGUUAAAAGGCGGGGCUUUCCAAUAAACGAAAGGUUACUUCCCGGAAGCGCUGGCGUGACAGCAGGUGGUUCUACGCUCUACUGUGCGGUCGGUGGGUAAAAUCUGCAAGUGAUGACUGGCUACAGAAGACAUGUUGCACUGCGGCUUAUUGUUCUGACAAUUGUUGUUCUGGCUCUCUUCAAAGUGUUCUUCAAAGCAAGGUUAGUACCCAAGCCUACGUUACCAUCUAGUUUCUGGGGGAACAAUGUCAAAUUCAUGGCACCCAUUGCACAGGAAGGUAAGGCUGCAUCAGAGGAGAAACAUUUCAAGGAAGCUUUGCCACCUCCAGAGCCAGAGAAGCCACAAAGACCCAUGGUCACAUCACCCUUGAGACUCGUUCAUCUAGACCUUAAAGGAGCGGCCCUCAAAGUUUCCUACUUAGAACAAGUCUUCCCCCUUCUGUCCACCCUGGGUGCCACAGGAAUUCUUCUUGAGUAUGAGGACAUGUUUCCAUUUGAAGGUGACUUUGCAAUGUUGCGGUCGCCACAUGCAUACAGCAUUGAAGAUGUGGAGAAGAUACAGCAACUUGCAGAAUUAAAUAAACUAGAGGUUAUUCCUCUGAUCCAGACUUUUGGUCAUCUGGAAUUUGUCCUGAAGCAUGAAAAAUACUGGUCUUUCAGGGAAUUUCAACGCUUUCCCAACAGCCUAAAUCCUCAUCAUCCUGAGUCUCUGGGGCUGGUGAAAGCCAUUCUAAGUCAGGUGCUUGAUCGACACCGUAAAGCCAAGUGGAUUCACAUUGGAGCAGAUGAGGUUUUCCAUCUUGGGGAGGGAAUAGAUUCCAAGAACUGGCUCAGGAACAACAAUGGUAACUUGGGCCAGAUGUACUUGAACCAUGUGAAAGAGGUUAGCGCCUUUGUGGUGGAGAAAUAUCCUUGGAUGGGUGUGAUACUGUGGGAUGACAUGAUGAGACGGACAAGCAUUGACCUGAUUAAAGAGUCUGGAAUAACUCGCUUUGCUGCCCCUAUGAUCUGGCAGUAUGGUGAACAACUAAAUUUUGAGGCCAUUGACAAGUACAUCACCAGCUAUGCUAAUGCUGGCUUUCAGACAGUAUGGUUUGCCAGUGCUUUCAAGGGGGCAUCUGAUGUGGCACAAAUAUGGACUCCUAUUGGAGUCCACCUGAACAACCACCUUUCCUGGCACAAGGUAAUCUCUUCCAUGGCCAAAUACCCGGGCAUCCAUUGGCAAGGGAUUGCACUGACUGGUUGGCAGAGGUAUGACCACUUUUCCGUAUUGUGUGAACUGUUGCCUGUGAGCCUGCCGUCCCUGGGGGUCUGCCUGCAGAGUCUUAUUCAUGGUGCCUUUAAUGAUGAGUCAAAGAAGACCACACUUGACAUUUUGGGUUGCACCAAUAUUGACUUGAAGAACAAUCUAUGUGAGGGUGGCGGGGUGUUUCCAGGCAGUGAGAUCUACCGGAUGGUCCUGCAUAUCAGAGACAAACUGAAGUUGGAGACUGAGACAUUCUUAAACAAUAAGCACAUCAGAGGAUGGUUUUCUCAUUACCAAAGAAAAUAUCACUUUGGUAACCCACGUAAUCUGGAUUUUUUUGGAGAGAAAAUGCUGAAGUUCCUAGAAGAAUGGGAGAACUUUAUCCAAAGUUUUCGCACCCAAAUGGAGAGUACCUACUUCCCUGACACGAUAGAAGAGUGGAUGGAAGAUAACGUGAAUAUCUACAUGGACCCGCUGAGGGAGCUGGCAAAGGAUUUUAAGGAGGCCAUUGACAAAAAUGGUGGCGUGAAGAAAGCAUUAAAGUGAGAUCAUGAUCUUGGUGCAAUAACACAUUUCCCGAGGUCCCAGGAACAAUGCAAGAACUCCGUAGACAUGUCAAUCAUGAACUUAGGAAGCACCAGUCCACGUAACUG